AGAGGACAGGAGCAGGUGGAAUAAGAACAGGCCUGAAGGACACAUGCUUCAGGUGAAAGCUCCAUGGUUCUGCUUCUGUCUCAUCAGGUUGGAGGGGCCGUGAACGCACCACUGGGUCUGAGUUCUCUGUGGGAGGGGUGGGUUUAUCCUGUGGAGAAACGAAACCGAAAUCCUGGAGUAUCCAAACUGAAGUCAUUUUCCAGACUGUCGCAGUUCUUUCAGGAUCUGUGGGGUUUUCCAGAACAGCAGAUUCCACAGGUGGAGUCUUUUAGUUUCACCAGAGAAGAGUGAGGCUGGGACAGAGGAGGACAUGUGUGCACAAAGAAACGAGCUCCAGGAGGCGUUAUGCCAGUACGCCACAGAUACCCUCGCCUACAUCGACACAGUGAGAGAAUUCAGUAAGAAGAGCUCCAAAUGGAUUCUGACGAGGGAGACAGAGUUAGAGAUGUUAAUGGACAUCAAAGACAGGGCCGAUAAAAUCGACUUAAAGUUCAGUCAUAUCUUUGAGUCAGAGAACAAAGGUGAGGCUGCUCUGGAGUACAUGAAGAGCGUGUUCAGUCAGGCGACGGCUGAGCGCAGGCGUGCAGAACUGGAGGAGGAGCUGGCCGCUUCACUGAAGGGAAUUCUGGGAGGUCUGGAGGAGCUGGACGGCUUCCUGGAUGCAGUGGAGAAGCUGGCAGUCACUUCAUCCCAUGUGUUUCCAGAGGACGAGCAGGUGUUAGUCCUGCCUGAAGGCAUCAGCCCAGAGUUUGUCCAGGUCGUCAUCAGUGUCGCACAGAACAUCUGCCCACUUCUGCUGGAGUUCAAAAGAGAUGCACCAGCCUUCUUCAGCCCCAAACUGCAGAAUGUACAUGUGAUGGCAUACCAGCUGGACAAAUACAUACAGACAACCCAGAAAAUCUGUGAAAAAUUUGAAAAAAGACCCUUCAGUGACUUUUGCUUGAAGAAAACUGCAGUAGAACUGGAUGAAGAUCUGUCUGAAGAUGAAGUCCAGAAGAUGCUGUCUCACAUCGAUAUGCUGAAUGAAUUCAGGAUGGACCAGGAUUUCAGGAUGAUAUUCUUGUUCCAGGGGAAAUCCUGCUCUGGUUUCAUCUCUGCGUUCAGUGAGCGAAAGCUGAAAAUGCUGCAGUUUCUAAAUGAUCUGGAGGAGUGCGCUGUUCAGUUAGACCGCAUGAACAAGGGAGCAAAGAUUUCCAGUGUGGCAGGAAGUUCAGUGGGGGCAGUGGGAGGUGUGCUGUCCAUUAUUGGCCUGGCAUUAAUUCCUGUAACAGCCGGGGUGUCUCUGGGCCUGACAGUGGCUGGAAUGACACUGGGAGUCACCAGUGGAGUGAACAGUGUAGUCACCACAGCCACUGAGAUGGGAGUCAACCACACACACCAGAAAAAAGCCAGUGAGGUCUUUCAGAGUUUCAUGGAUGAUGUGCAGAUGCUUCAGAGUACUCUGGCAGAGGUGUCACACCAAAGAGAGAUAAACGAGGCAGAUGUAGUUGUGGGUGUAGGGAAGAUGCUUGGUAAGGCUGGUACUGUGGCUAAAGGCAUUGAUGCUCUUGUUGAUGCAGGUGCAGCGGUAAAGAUGUUGAGAAGUGAGGAGAUGGUGGCAAGUGUAGGCAACGUAGUGGCUCAGGAAGGUAAAGCAUUACGUAACGUUCCUCGAGUUGCUUCAGACAUCCCAGAUGUCGGCCAAGCAGCCGCUAAGGGACCACUAGCCCUGUCCAAGUCAGCCAGAGGUGGUCUCAUUGCACUCAACGCUCUUUUCCUCGGCAUGGACGUCUUCUUCAUCUGCAAAGAUAGCAUUAGUCUGGCUAAAGGCAGCAAAACUAAGGUGUCACAGUUCAUCCGAGCCAGAGCCGCACUUUGGAAAUCAGAGAUAGAUUCAUGGCAGAAGAUCCAUGAUUCUCUGGAGAAGGGUGAGCUGACAUCUGACAAGAAGAAAGCUGUUCUGGAGACACCGUUCUAUCCAGAAAAUGAGACCAAGAGCUGCAGAAAGACUGAAACAGAGACUGAAACUGAAGCUUCACUGGACCAGGUGGAUGAAAAACUGCAAGAAAAACAGCAAUGUGUAAUCCAGUAGCACUCACCAUGUGCCUUUGUCUGGAUGUAGUCCGAUCCGUUUAAUGCAGAUCAACCUGCCGGUCUAUCGUACAGCUGUAAAUGAUCGAUUAUGAACGAUUCACAUUCCACCACUGAUUACCUCCACCAAGGAGGUUCUGUUUUUUCCAGCGUUGGUCUGUCUGUCUGUCUGUGUGCAAGAGAACUCAAAAAGUUAUGGACAGAUUUGGAUGAAAAUUUGUGUAAAUGUUGAUACUGGCA